GCGGAGGGCCCUCCACAGCCUCCGCCACCUCGACGGCGUCGUCCUGCUCUGGCAGCGGCCGGGCCAAGGGGCUGAAGGAUAUUCGCAUCGACGAAGAAGUGAAAAUCGCUGUGAACAUCGCUCUGGAGCGGUUCCGAUAUGGGGACCAGCGAGAAAUGGAAUUUCCUUCAUCCUUGACCAGUACUGAAAGAGCAUUCAUUCACCGAUUGAGUCAGUCUCUUGGUUUGAUUUCUAAAAGUAAAGGGAAAGGAGCAAACCGGUAUCUAACUGUGAAGAAAAAAGAUGGAUCAGAGCUGGCACAUGCAGUGAUGACCUGUAAUUUGAUUCCAAACACAAAACAUGCUAUUAGAAGCCUAGUACAGCGAUUUCCUGUCACCAAUAAAGAGCGCACAGAACUUCUACCAAAAACCGAGAGGGGAAAUGUAUUUGCUGUUGAAGCUGAGAAUAGAGAAAUGAGCAAAACAAGUGGGCGACUUAACAAUGGCAUCCCUCAAAUCCCUGUGAAACGGGGAGAAUCUGAAUUUGAUUCAUUUCGACAAUCUCUGCCGGUUUAUGAAAAGCAGGAUGAAAUUGUUAGAAUUAUUAAAGAAAAUAAAGUUAUUUUGAUUGUGGGGGAAACUGGAUCAGGAAAAACUACUCAGAUUCCUCAGUUUCUACUUGAUGACUGUUACAAAAAUGGAAUACCAUGUCGUAUAUUUUGCACUCAGCCAAGACGUUUGGCAGCAAUUGCCGUGGCUGAAAGAGUUGCUGCUGAAAGGAGAGAGAAGAUUGGGCAGACGAUUGGCUAUCAGAUCCGAUUGGAAAGCAGAGUUUCUCCAAAGACACUGUUAACAUUUUGCACUAACGGAGUAUUACUUCGUACACUAAUGGCAGGAGAUAGUGCACUGUCAACUGUAACUCAUGUUAUUGUGGAUGAAGUUCAUGAGAGGGAUCGGUUCAGUGACUUCUUGUUAACGAAGUUAAGAGAUACAUUACAGAAGCACUCAUCUUUGAAACUCAUACUUUCUAGUGCUGCUCUGGAUGUGAAUCUGUUUGUCAGAUAUUUUGUAGGUUGUCCAGUGAUAUAUAUACCAGGAAGACCAUUUGAAGUAAAGGAGAUGUUCCUGGAAGACCUAUUAAGAAGUACAGGCUAUACAAAUAAAGAGAUGAUCAAAUACAAAAAGGAAAAACAGCGAGAGGAGAAACAACAAACAACUCUGACUGAGUGGUAUUCUGCACAAGACAACAGCAAGCCAGAAAUGCAACGACAGAGGGCAGUUCCAAAUGUAUCUGAAGAAUAUGAUUUGUUGGAUGAUGGUGGUGACACAGUUUUUAGUCAAUUGGCUGAAAAAGAUGUCAAUUGCCUAGAACCUUGGCUAAUUAAAGAAAUGGAUGCUUGUCUUUCUGAUAUUUGGCUUAAUAAAGAUAUCGAUGCCUUUGCGCAGGUGUUCCACCUUAUUUUAACUGAAAACGUCAGUGUUGAUUACAGGCACAGUGAAACAAGUGCUACGACUUUAAUGAUAGCUUCUGGAAGAGGUUUCUUGAGUCAAGUAGAACAGUUGAUUGGUAUGGGAGCAAAUGUCCACAUCAAAUCAUCCAAUGGCUGGACAGCUUUGGACUGGGCUAAGCACUUUGGACAGACAGAAGUGGUUGACCUGUUGGAAUCCUACUGUGCCUCACUGGAGUCUGGUAAUCUAGAUGAAAGUUCCUUGGUCCAUGCUAAUGCUAGUGAACUUAGUGCAGAAGACAGAGAACUCCUGAAGGCUUAUCAUCACAGUUUUGAUGACGAAAAGGUGGAUCUUGACCUGAUCAUGCACCUACUGUACAAUAUCUGUCAUAGUUGUGAUGCAGGAGCUGUUUUAAUUUUCCUUCCUGGAUAUGAUGAGAUUGUUGGCCUGAGAGAUCGCAUACUAUUUGAUGACAAGAGGUUUGCUGAUAAUGCUCACAGAUUCCAAGUUUUUAUGCUGCAUUCAAAUAUGCAAACAUCUGACCAAAAGAAGGUUCUAAAAACCUCACCCCCAGGCAUCCGCAAAAUAAUUCUUUCUACAAAUAUUGCUGAAACCAGCAUUACAGUUAACGAUGUUGUCUUUGUGAUUGACUCUGGAAAAAUGAAAGAGAAGUCCUUCGAUGCAUUGAACUGUGUAACUAUGCUGAAGAUGGUAUGGAUUUCUAAAGCUAGUGCUGUUCAGAGAAAGGGCAGGGCAGGACGUUGUCGGCCUGGGAUUUGUUUCCGACUUUUCAGUAGACUAAGAUUUCAAAAUAUGCUGGAAUUUCAAACUCCAGAACUUCUAAGAAUGCCUCUACAGGAGCUUUGUUUACAUACAAAAUUGCUAGCUCCCAUCAACUGUCCAAUUGCUGACUUUUUAAUGAAAGCUCCAGAACCACCUCCUGCUUUAAUUGUGAGAAAUGCUGUGCAGAUGCUGAAGACAAUAGAUGCUAUGGAUACCUGGGAGGAUCUGACAGAACUUGGCUACCAUCUGGCUGACUUACCAGUAGAACCUCAUCUUGGUAAAAUGGUGCUGUGUGCUGUUGUUCUCAAGUGCCUGGAUCCUAUUCUGACCAUCGCAUGCACUCUUGCAUAUCGUGAUCCUUUUGUGCUACCUACACAGGCCUCACAAAAACGUGCAGCCAUGCUGUGCAGAAAACGAUUUACUGCAGGAACAUUUAGUGACCACAUGGCCCUUCUCCGGGCUUUCCAGGCAUGGCAGAAAGCGCGAAGUGAUGGCUGGGAAAGAGCUUUUUGUGAGAAGAACUUCCUUUCGCAGGCAACGAUGGAGAUUAUCAUAGGAAUGAGAACACAGUUGCUUGGGCAACUCAGAGCAUCAGGUUUUGUUAGAGCCAGAGGUGGUGGUGAUAUAAGAGACGUUAAUACAAACUCUGAAAACUGGGCUGUGGUUAAAGGUGCCUUAGUAGCUGGAAUGUAUCCAAAUAUAGUUCACGUUGAUAGAGAGAACAUUGUCUUAACUGGGCCAAAAGAAAAAAAAGUCAGAUUUCAUCCUACCUCAGUUCUUAGCCAGCCCCAAUAUAAAAAGAUUCCUCCAGCAAAUGGUCAAGUGGCAGCUAUUCAGGCACUCCCCACAGAUUGGCUGAUAUAUGAUGAAAUGACAAGAGCCCACCGAAUAGCCAAUAUCAGGUGCUGCUCAGUUGUGACACCAGUCACUGUGGCUCUCUUCUGUGGAUCAGCUAGGUUGCCAAGUAAUGCUUUACAGGAGCCUUCAUCCUUCAGAGUGGAUGGUGCUCCCAAUGACAGCAGUGAUAGUGAGAUGGAAGAUAGAACAACUGCUAACUUAGCUGCACUGAAACUGGAUGAAUGGCUCAAUUUUAAACUAGAUCCAGAGGCUGCCAGCCUCCUCCUGCAACUGAGACAGAAAUGGCACAGUUUAUUUUUGCGGCGCAUGAGAGCUCCUUCAAAGCCCUGGUCUCAAGUUGAUGAGGCAACUAUACGAGCAAUCAUUGCAGUGUUGAGCACUGAAGAACAAUCUGCAGGUCUCCAGCAGCCUUCAGGGAUUGGACAGAGACCAAGGCCCAUGUCAUCCGAGGAACUUCCUUUGGCAUCUUCAUGGAGAACAAACACCAGCCGAAAAAGCUCAGCAGAAGCAGAAUUUGUGGAUGACACUUUUAAUGCUGAAAGAAAUCCCCCCAAAUCAACUUUAAGCUAUGAUAUAAACAAAGAACAGAACAAUACAAUAUUAAGAGUCCUAAUGAAGUCUGCCUCUCCAGCGUUUCACCAACCACUGAAAUACAAAGAAAGAAGCCUUCUGCAUUCCAAACGAAGCACAGAUGACAGGUCAGACCAGUCGUCUGUUAAAUCUACAGACAGUAGCAGUUAUCCCAGCCCCUGUGCCAGUCCUUCUCCUCCAUCAUCUGCGAAGGGCUCCAAGUCUCCUUCUCCGAGACCAAAUAUGCCAGUUCGGUACUUUAUUAUGAAAAGCAGCAACUUGAGGAACCUUGAGAUUUCACAGCAAAAGGGGAUUUGGUCUACCACCCCAAGUAACGAGCGGAAACUGAAUCGAGCCUUUUGGGAGAGCAGUGUUGUUUACUUGGUAUUUUCUGUUCAGGGAUCAGGACAUUUUCAGGGUUUUGCUCGAAUGUCUUCAGAGAUAGGACGUGAGAAAAGUCAAGACUGGGGUUCUACUGGUUUAGGGGGAGUGUUCAAGGUGGAAUGGAUCCGGAAAGAAAGUCUUCCCUUUCAAUUUGCUCAUCACUUGCUCAACCCUUGGAAUGAUAACAAGAAAGUACAAAUAAGCCGAGAUGGCCAGGAACUGGAACCUCAGGUUGGUGAACAAUUGCUACAGCUAUGGGACCGUAUUCCUUUAGGAGAGAGAAACAUAGCUGAUUGAAAAUACAAUGGCAGAUUUUGAAAUAUGUAUUCUUUCCUGAUGUUGCAGCGCAUGUGAAAUCGAUAAAUUUGCUAAAAUCACCAAUGCACCUACAAUAAAGAAAUAUCAUAAUGAAACAGGCUGAAGGAAUGCAAUGGUACCUGCUCUAGUACAGAGUGGAUUUGAAGGAAACAAUGCAGUCUGCUCUCAUUUUCACUGAAAAGUUUGUUCUGAAUGAUUCCCUUUGAAGUUUCAAAUCUUAGGACACCAAAGCAGAUUGAAACCUCUGGUUAACUUUAACUAGUGCUGUAAUUAUAUUUCAUAUGUUUUACAGAAGAAGAAACGGGUCUAGGAACAAUGAAUCCUGUUCAGACAAUGCUCAGGGGUUCAGGUGCAGCUUAGUUAAAAGUCUGUGAACAACAUCUGCUAUUGGCAUAAAGACUAAGUAGAUACAUUAGUGACGAGAUCUUCCUCCCCUCAGAUUAAAUUUAUUUAAAACUGUAACAUGAUGGACACUUUUUGUUAAUAAACCGGCUUUACGGUCUUUAAGUUUUUACUAUGUUCUAGUAUGCACUUGAUGAAAUGGGCAUGGAUUUUUAAAUUCUCUUCUAGUAGCUAAUGGCCAGGGACAGGAAAGGACACUUCAAGGAACCAUUUGAUAUUGGCCACACCAUAAUCUUCUCAAAACAAUCACUAGCCGCUUUUAUUCCUCCUUCCCAAUAUAACCUAUAAAACUUUUUGUGUGUGCCCCUUGUUCUUUUUCACUCCCCUUUUACAACUUGAUCUUUCUAAAUAGAUCCCUCAUGCUUUAUGCAAACAUCUGACUGUUAUACUUUAUACGACACUACUGUCUCUGUUAUCUGUAUCUUUAGAGAAGUAAGGGCCAAAUCAGAAAUUUGCCAAGAGGAAAGAAGAAAUAUCAGGAAGGACACGCGACACUGUGUUUUUCCACACAACGUUUGAAUAGGGUUGGUUUAAGAGGUGGCCAUUUAAUUCUUGGGCAGUCUUUUAAGCUAAUAAUGUAAAAGGAAUGCUGGUUCUUUCCCUCAAACUAAGUGAAAGUAGAUGUGGGGGGAAAGUGAAAGCUUUGAUUCUCAGUGGAACACUAUUAACAUAUUCACGAAGAUUCUGAAAUGGAAUUUGUUGGCGUUUGCAUUUCAAUGUUAUGUAUAUAUGUAUAGGUGGACUUAUUUGUAGUUUCUGACCACAUGUAAUUGAGUUCCUCUGUACAUUCGUGUAGCAUUCUAUUGUUAAAUAUUACUAAUUCUAAUCUAUGUCACCAAAAUUGUUUAGAGUUGGAAAUAAGAUGAUUUAGAAUAAAAAUGUUUUGUUUUAGCUUUGUGGUGUGUGGAAGUAAUUUGUAAUUCUAUAGCAGAGAAAAUCAAGAGUGCUAGAUCUACCUGGGGCUGUAGCUUCACCUUUUGAUUCUUAAAUUGCAUUCAUUGCCAGUAGUUUGUAUAUAUCUAUAGUAAUUAUUCUGUUAUAGUUCUGCAGUCAUGGACAAACAGACUGCAGUAUAUUGUAGCUUGUAACUUGCCAUGGGUAGAAGUCAGCAAGAAUGUUGUCUUGUAUGUUUCCUCUAAAUGUCUUCAAGUUCAGGAUUCAGGCACAGCCGUUCUGGGGUAUGAAGAAUGCAGUUCAUGCCUUGUCUUUUGCUACUGAUUGGUAGUUUAUAAAGCAUAAAGUAAUAGAAAACUGUUUGAAACUGUAAUGUCAACAUGAUUGGGUGUAUAUAAAGCUACAUGUACACAGGCUUAUUAAUCCUGCUUAGUGAACUUCAUAUAACUUUUGAAAUUGAAAAUCCUUUCCAGUGGGUGUGUUGCAUGUAUAAAAGGCAGAGGUGUGUGUGUAUGUAUGUAUGAAACAGGAUUGUAGUUAUGAACUUCGAAUAGGUAUUGUGUAUCAGUGGGGAGGAAAAGCCUGUAAGGAAGAGAUAAAGAUAAGGGGGGAAAACCCAAAUGCUCAGAACUUGGAUGAGCAUUAUACAUACAAAUAAAAUAUAUACAUUGAAGAGGGAAAGUGGAAGGACCUAGAAACUUGGCUGAGUUGCUAGAUACAGACCACCUGGCUACACAGUUGUUUCAUGCCUUUGAAGAUGACAACCCAAGACUUUUAUUGAGAGUACUUAUUGGUAUGAGGUUACAAUUUCUAUUUGACUGGGUCGUUAAUUCUUUUCACAUUAAGGGAAACAACUUCAUUCUAACAAUUUGUCUGUGAACAUCACCCUUAGAGUAGAGGUGGGCAACUCAUGCCCCUCCAGAUCCUUUGGCUUGCAACUCCUAUCACCCUCACCAUUAACUAUGCUGGCUAGGGCUGAUAGAAGUUGUAAACCAAAACAAUCUGGAGGACCAUACUAAGUAUGCAACAUAUUCCUGUAGAGUACACAAACAUGCUGAAGCUAUGGUAUUAAUGAAAAUGAAUUCUGAAAUAAAAAAGACAAAAGUGGGGCUUCAGUGGACAAGAUACAACCAGUAUCUAACAGAUUCUGACAUACUUUGGUCAUUAAGAGUAGAAGUUGUAUACAUCUUGGAAUGCAAAUACUCUCUUGGGGAGAGAAAUAAAAGAAAAAAAUUCAAUAAAUGCUCCUAGUAGAGUAUGGGAAUAUGGAGACAGCCAUAUAAUUAAGUUAUAGUAUUGAACUUGGAUUGUACAUGGUAUUGUAGAUGCAUUGUUCUGGGCUUUAUGACUUCUAUGGAGCUCCUAAGGCGGCAGGGGUUGGCAACUUGUGGCUCUCCGGAUGAUUUGGCCUAUAAUAUUCAUCAUCAUUCACCAUUAGCUAUGUUGACAAGGGAUGAUAGGAGUUGUAGGCCAAAAUAUCUGGAAGGCUACAAGUUGCCCACCCCUGUCUUAAAACUAAGAAGAGCAACUCAGAAUCACAGGAGUCAUUCAAGAACUACUUACAUUGGAUUCCUGUCUAGCAUAUGCCACAAUGACUGCCUUUUACCUCAGAGAUAACGAAUUACAAAACAUCUAUGAUGUUUCCCUGUACAAUCCCAGAUCUGGUGGGUUCCUGUAUUAUUUUUAUUUCAUUUUAUUAUAUUUAUGAAUUCCAUGUGUCAGUGCAAAGUUUCCAAAAUCCAAUAAAGCUUUGGAAUUGAA